GGCCACAUCAAAAUCACUGGAUGUAAAAGUUAACUACACUGACAACUAUAUUAAUGUGGACUAUAAGCUCUCCUAAGCGUUGCAUGCGGCUAACCAGCUCCAGAUUUUUAUGGGAUCCUAAUGUGGAGGGUCUGUGGACCAGGGUCCUGCUCUCUGACUCAGUAAUCCACAAGGUUGAGAGGUUUGUCUCAUUUACAUAAUGUUAGAGGUCUGGGCCGAGGCCUACCUAUUCUUUGCGCCCUGAAAAGACACCGUGCUGCCGCUGCCAAAAGAGUGGAAAGGCGCACAGAAGUCUGGGCUAUUUACAGGAGUUUUGCUCCGCCCCCUGUGUUUGUCGUAAACCUGGCUCCUGGCUCCAAUAAACCCGGGCUAAGAGCGCCCUGGGCUCGCCUCCUUCUCCAAGGCGAUCAAUAGGAUCUCAGGCGCACUACAAGCACUCUCUUACGUAGACAUCCACCAAGGAGAGAGCCGAUACAACAACACGGUUGAUCUGCUCAAACACAAAAAUCUACCUGCUUUCUGAAUCAUGUCGUUGAGCCCAAAGCACACAACGCCUUUUUCAGUGACAGAUAUUUUGAGUCCAAUCGAGGAGACCUACAAGAAGUUUAGUGCCAUGGACGGCGCAGGGAACCUAACCUCUCCACUGGGAGCCUACCGACAGCCUCAGGUGUCUCAGACCGGCAUGCAACAGCACUCCAUGGGCCACAACGCCACCGUGGCCACCACUUACCACAUGCCGCACACCGUCUCCCAGUUCUCCCACAGCGCAAUGGGGGGAUACUGCAAUGGAAGCAUUGGCAACAUGGGAGACCUCCCGUCGUACCAGGAAAGCAUGCGGAAUAGUGCUGCAGCAACAGGGUGGUACAGCGCCAACCCGGAUCCGAGAUACUCAACAAUUUCUAGAUUCAUGGGACCUUCCACAGGUAUGAACAUGACCGGCAUGGGGGGUCUCACAGGAAUGGCGGACGCCACCAAAUCCAUGCCAGCUCUCCACGCUGCGCCCAGGAGGAAACGGCGCGUCCUGUUCUCGCAGGCUCAGGUCUACGAGCUGGAGAGGAGGUUUAAGCAGCAGAAAUACCUGUCGGCGCCCGAGAGGGAGCACCUGGCCAGCAUGAUCCACCUGACACCGACCCAGGUGAAGAUUUGGUUUCAGAACCACCGGUACAAGAUGAAGCGCCAGGCCAAGGACAAGGCAGCGCAGCAGCUGCAGCAGCAGCAACAGGACGGUAACCUGUGCCAACAGCAGGCGCAGUCUCCGAGGCGCGUAGCCGUGCCAGUUCUGGUGAAGGACGGUAAACCGUGCCAGAACGGCUCGAACACGCCGACACCGAACCAGCAACAGGUACAACAGAGCCAACAACAAAGUCAACAACAGAACGGGGCCGGAGUUGUGCUCGCGUCCCCGACCAGCAGCCUCGGCCAGCAUCAGAGCCAGCAGCAGGUGAACGCUUUGGAGCUGGAGGAGAUGUCGCCCAGCCCCCCCUCACUGCACAGCCAGCUCAACAUGGCCCAGAUAGACACAUCUGCUGUAGAUUACACCAGUAACAUGGUCAGCUCAAACCUCCUCUACGGCAGGACGUGGUAGGACUUACAGUACAGUACUGUCACUUUCCACUUUUUUUAUGUGAACCUGCG